GUAAGGUAUCAACAACUCCGCUGUGAUCACUCGUGUCGAGUAGUUCCCCCCUCGAAAGGUCUCAUUAUUUUGUGUGUAGCUGCUUCACUUUUUAUUCUUAUUACAUAACAACCAGUUUUGUGACUUCUUGAUCAGUCGCUUUCCAGCGAGCGUCUCGAACAUUAAUCAUUAGUGGGCCGCUUGGCUGGCAAGUUCCAAACUCAAGCGCUCGAUCGCAAGUCGUCAUUUUCAAUAGUGUAUUCGAAUAUUUUUUGUUGUAAUUUUUUCAAACUUCGAGAAAGCAACAUGAAUUCUGUCAGAACAUUAUUGGGCAAAAUCCCACGGGACAUUAUCCAGAAGAAGAAACUCCACGUGUCUUCAUCAGCCUUAAAUCAUACACCAGGACCUUUGACCCAGUUUACAGAUGAUGAGAUUAUGAUGAAAGAGACUGUUGCUAAAUUGGCGAGGGAGGAAAUAGCACCACUAGUCAAGAAGAUGGAGAAGGAGGGGAGGAUUGAUGAUGGAUUAUUGAAGAAGCUAUUUGAGAACGGGUUAAUGGGAAUGGAGAUUCCAAGUGAACUCGGUGGAGCCGGAUGUAGCUUCCUGACGACAAUUUUGACAGUUGAGGAAGUAGCUAAAGUUGACGGGGCCGUAGCUGCUCUCGUGGACAUUCACAACACUUUAGUUAAUUCUCUUACCAUUAAAGUUGGUACUGAGGCACAAAAGGCUAAAUAUCUGCCGAAACUGGCGCAAGAAUUUGCUGGGAGUUUUUGUCUCACAGAGCCAGGCGCAGGUUCAGACGCCUUUUCCCUCAAAACCGAAGCCAAGAAGGACGGAUCUCACUACAUAAUCAACGGCACUAAAAUGUGGAUCUCCAACUCUGACAUCGCUGGAGUUUUCAUCGUCUUCGCCAAUGCAAACCCAUCAGCGGGAUACAGGGGAAUUACGACUUUCCUCGUUGACAGAGAAAUGCCAGGAGUUACUGUAGCUAAACCUGAAGACAAACUCGGUAUAAAGGCAUCGGGGACCUGCAUGGUGCACUUUGAAAACGUGAGGGUGCCUGAAGAGAACAUUCUGGGGGAGUUUGGACAGGGGUACAAGUAUGCAGCUGGGUUCCUCAACGAGGGAAGGAUAGGCAUCGGUGCACAGAUGAUUGGAAUUGCUCAGGGUGCCCUUGAUGCCACGAUUCCUUAUACUUUGGAGAGGAAACAGUUUGGAAAGGAUAUUUUCUCAUUUCAGUCGAUGCAACACCAAAUAGCUCAGGUAGUCACCGAGCUCGAGGCAGCAAGACUCCUGGUGUACAACGCAGCUCGAAAAGUAGAGGCAAAACAAGAAUUCACGAAAGACGCAGCGAUGGCCAAGCUUGUAGCCUCAGAGACUGCCCUCAAGGUGACAGCCAAGUGCAUAGAUUUCAUGGGAGGCGUUGGAUACACGACAGACUUCCCCCAGGAGAAGUACUUCAGGGACUGCAAAAUUGGUACAAUCUACGAGGGCACCAGCAACAUGCAGUUAUCAACCAUCGCAAAAUACAUCAGGAAGGAGUAUUCAUGAUUCCGAGCGUUCUAUUAGUUUUUCAAUCCAUUUUUUUAUGAAAUAUUUUAUAUGAACUGGGAGAUAAAGUUGUUUUUUACGUAA